AUGGUCAAAUUGAGUUCCUCCGUUUUCGUGUGUGUGGUGCUCCUCAGUUUGUUCGCCGUGAAGAUCUCGGAGAGCAAAAGAUUGUUGCGACUCGCCGCCGCGGCCGCCAUCAUCCGAGGAGGUCCAAUUAUCCCGAUCCCCAUUCGGUAUCCAGUGCACCCGCCAAAACCAAAGAUCGUAGCCGUACCCGUGGAAAAACACAUUCCCGUGCACCACCAUGAACCGAUCCUACACCACGAGGACAAAUUGUCGCACGGUCUUGGAGGAAGUCUGGGAGGAGCUCUAGGGGGAGGUUUCGGAGGGGGUCUCGGGGGUGGUCUUGGGGGUGGUCUAGGAGGUGGUCUAGGAGGGGGUCUAGGGGGUGGUCUCGGAGGUGGUCUAGGAGGACUCGAAGGUGGAUGGUAG